AUGCCGAGCGCAAAAUUCACGAAUAUUUCCCGGGAGGCUUUUAAAAAACUAAGCUCGGAAACAUGGCAGGGCAGCCCACUUGACAACGAAGGGAAAAUACCUCUUCAGUCAACAAAUCAUCGCAAAAAUUCCAGUGUACCGCAAUUCAAUUCCACCAAACUGAAGGAACUUCUGGGCGAGAGUUUCGACCCGAAAUUUAUGUCAGAAACCAAACCAAAUCGGGCGUGGUUAGAAACGAAAAAUCAGCUUGACCGUCGAACCGCAUUCGAAGCUUACAAGCACGAGGGAGGAGGUGUUGACUCGAUCACAACACUGUUGGAUAAGAAAGAAAUUCAUUUAAACGGAGUCGAAUUCGAAGACAUGCGUGUUUGGCUUUGGAACUUAACGCGUUGUACAGUCGAACCAUCAUGGAAGGAUUUCGGUAGCCAUGUUUGGCCUCGUUAUGUAAAUUUUGGAAAGUGUUCAAACAAACCUACUUGUUCGUUUCCAAGUGGCAUGAGAUGUCGGCCAAGCGAGGAGAAGAGUGUGAGGUUAUUGUAUUGGUUUUGUCCUAAGAACGUAAAAAGGUGUUUUUGGUCUUCGUUUGGGACGAAGGUUCUUCGCGCAUGUAGUUGUUCCUGUUAA